AAACCCUCUUCAUUUUCCCAGAAACCCACUUAUCUAAUCUCCUUCUUAAUCACAAUCAUCCUCACUCAAAAUUCUCACACUUUCUCAAAAUGUCUUGUUUCUUAAGCUGUGUCCGUUUUGAUACCACCGACAACAACAAACCCACGAUUACAGAAUCUGGUUCUGUCUCCGGUGUUACCUGUUAUACCUGGGAUGAUGUUGAGUCUCUCACUUCCAAUUUCUCUAGACUUAUUGGUACUGGUGGCUACAGUAGUAUCUACUUGGCUCGUUUGUCUGGCUCUAUCAACGCUGCUCUUAAGGUUCAUGUCAGUAGUCAUCGUCUUUAUCAAGUGUUUAGGUCUGAGCUUGAGAUUUUGCUUCGUCUUCAACAUCCUCACAUUGUUAAGCUUCUUGGUUACUUUGACGAUUCAGAGGAAAGUGGUGCACUAUUACUAGAAUACCUUCCUCAAGGUAAUCUCCAAGAGAAGCUUAACCGCAAUAGCAAACAAGUGUUACCAUGGAGAAACCGCACCGCUAUAGCGUUUCAGGUUGCGCAAGCAAUUGAACAUAUUCAUGAGAAAUGUAGUCCGCAGAUUGUUCACGGUGACAUCAAAUCUUCCAACAUACUUCUUGACAAACAUUUCAACUCCAAGCUUUGCGAUUUCGGAUCAGCCAAGGUUGGGUUCUCGUCUAUGGUUCAGCCUUCUAAGACAACAUCAACGAUGUCACCACGAUCCAAGCAAGUGAUGAUGAUUGGUUCUCCAGGGUACACUGAUCCUCACUACUUGAGAACUGGUAUUGCUUCAAGAAAGAUGGAUAUGUAUGGGUUUGGAGUGGUGGUUCUUGAGUUGGUUUCGGGUAAAGAAGCGGUUAGCGCUGAGAGAGGCGAGAUGCUGGUACAUACAUCAGCUCCGUUGAUUCACGAUAUUCUUGAUUCGAAUGGAGAUAUCACAGAAGAGAAAGCGAGAGAGUUCUUGGAUCCAAGGUUGUCCAGGGACAGUAGUCUUGAUCUAGAAGAGGUUAAGACAAUGCUAAAUGUGGCUGCUUUCUGUCUUCGCAGCCCGCCAUCGCUGAGACCCUCUGCUUCUCAAGUAGUCCAAACUCUUAUCAAGAAGAUCCCGUCGCUGUCUUUCCUCGGUUGCGGAAAAUAAGAGUGAUAUAUAACAAGCCCGUGUGUUUUAGAUGAUGAGGUUUAGGUAGUGAUUUUGUUGCAGGUCUUAGUCGGUUUAUAAGACGCAGAAAGAUCUGAAAACGUUUGCUGAGAAGAUUGAGUUUUGUUGUAUAGGAGAGAUUCUGCAAAACCCAAAAGAAAGAAGGAAGAUUCAAAUUCCUCUUCUGCUUUGUGAUGUGUAUAGUAAACAAGCAAACAAUAUUCGUGUGAAUUGCAUUUUGUAAACAUUACUGUGUGGAUGUAUAAUACAAAUGAUUGGAUGAA